AUGGACGAAAACCGAGCACCAGACACAUAUUACGUCUAUGUGACCUCCACUGGUCAAGUGAUCGAUGGACGGCCAUUUCACAUUAUCAGCUCCUGCAAGCUCGACAUCUACACCUUCCCGUUUGAUUUUCAGAACUGCACAUAUACUUUCAACUCCUACAAACAUUCUCGUGAUGAUGUUCAGCUGUUCUUCUAUAAGCCAGUGAAGGACAUCUUCAAGGAGUCUCUUGAUUUAAUGACAACGAAAGGAGAGUGGGAGCUGAUAGACAUGCUGGCUGAGAAACCUGUAUACAGCUUUCUGGAAGGAGCUUGGGAUAACCUCAUUGUUCAUAUUGUCUUGAGACGACGAGCUACGCUGUAUGUCGUGAACCUCCUGAUUCCCAGCAGCUUCCUGCUCUCCUUGGAUAUCUUCAGCUUUUUACUGCCUCCUCAAACCGUGGACCGUGCUUCCUUCAAAAUGACCCUCAUCCUGGGUUACACUGUCUUUCUGCUGCUAAUGAAUGACCUUCUGCCUGUCACAGGAAACAACUUGCCUCUUAUAAAUCUAGAUGUGUUUUUCUCGAUGUGUUUGGCCCUGAUGGUAGCAAGUCUUCUUGAGACUAUCGUCAUCACCAAUGUCCUAUGUGGCUCCCGUAACUUUCCUCCCUUACCAAAGUGGCUCAAGAUUCUGGUCCUGAAAUAUAUGGCUCGGCUUGUUUGUAUGAGGAAGUCUUCUGAUAAACACUCUGAAGGUAAGACUCCUUUCGGCAGCCAAGAUCUGGAUGAAUUGAGUUCAUAUCACUGGUGUGAAACAUACUUUCCAAUGGUUGUCUUGUCCCCUUUUUUUACAGCCAACAGAUCUGAGCCAACUCUCUACAAAAACAUGAUGACCAAUGUUCCAAAGAAAGAGCAAGUCAGUGCAAGUCCAGUGACACUCUCGGACUUAUAUCUAGAAGAAAUGAAGAAGAUAAGUACUGAUCUACUGGCCAUCCGACACCACAUUGAAGAGCACUUCGAUAACGACAGCAGCUCAGAUGAAUGGAUGGUGUUUGCUCAGGUCCUUGACCGCUUGUUCUUUAUGCUGUAUAUGAUUUUUGUCGUUGUGAGUUUAAGCACAAUUAUGUUUCUGUGGCUUCACUCGUACAAUCUAGACAAAAGGUCUUAGUAUGUUACGCUUAGGGUUGGGUAUCAUUUGGGAUUAUUUCGAUGCCGGUGCUAAAUCGAUACCUUGCAGGAGUUCACCCUUAUGCCUAGUUCA